AUGCCUUCUUCGGAUACCCACGAGGACCUGUCCGUUGCGGACGUGUUCAGCCCGCAAGCCGAUAGCAUCCAGCCUUCCAUCGACCUUCCAGCCAAUCACCACGUUCCCGAUGUGCACGGGAUGAGCGAUCGCGGUGUCUCGCCUCGAAAGAUGACCAACGAGCUGCUGGCUAAGCCGCAGCGCCGCAAGAAAAAGAAGAAGCAGGCUGACCUAGCUCGCUCGACCGUACGGGGGUUUACUCCCAUGGCAUCCGGGGACGAGGAUUCGGACUUUUCAGCCACCAGCUCCCGCGCCGCCGAUUCGCGGCCUACCACCGCUCUUGGCCAGGCAUCUGCGGGCCAUGGGGUGAGCGCAUUGAAGCUUCAACUCGAUUCUCUCAGUCUUUCUGGAAACAACCGUCCCAACGGAGUCGGCUCUAAAACUCCCAGCAACGCGAGUGUCUAUUCCGACAGCGACCAGACCGAGGUUCUGACCAGUUACGAAGUUCCUCUGGACCAUGACUUUGUCAGUGCCGAUGCUGCCGCCCAGGAAAAGUCCGAGCCUGCCGGUGCUGUCGAUAUGCGCAGCCAGCUGUGCCGGAAGAUGACGGCCCAUGACUUUGAGCCGCUCCUCUGUCUGGGCAAAGGCUCUUUCGGAACGGUUCUGCUCGUUCGCCAUGCCGUCACGGGAAAGCUGUACGCCCAGAAGCAGUUCCGCAAGGCAUCUCUCACUGUGCACAAGAAACUCGUGGAGCAGACCAAGACGGAGCGCAUGAUUCUGGAGAGUGUCAACCGCCACCCGUUCGUGGUCAAGCUGUUCUAUGCCUUCCAGGACCACGAGAAGCUCUAUCUGAUCCUGGAAUACGCGCAGGGCGGGGAGUUGUUCACCCAUCUUGCCAUGGAGCGUAUGUUCGAUGAAGAUGCGGCGGCCUUCUACAUGGCGGAGAUGGUUCUCGCUCUCGAACACCUGCACCAGAACGUCGGCGUGCUGUACCGCGACCUCAAGCCCGAAAACUGCCUCUUGGAUCGACAGGGCCAUCUGCUCCUCACAGACUUUGGCCUCAGCAAGAUCGCCGUCAGCGACGACGACCGCUGCAACUCUUCCCUCGGAACAAUCGAGUACAUGGCUCCCGAGGUAAUCCAGGCAAAGCCCUACGGCAAAGCCUGCGACUGGUGGUCUCUCGGCGCACUGGGCUAUGACCUCUUAACCGGCUCGCCGCCUUUCCGCGCGAACAACCACUCAAAGCUGCAAGAGAAAAUCAUCAAGCAGAAGCUCGUCCUGCCCUACUUCCUCGGCCCGGACGCCAAAGAUCUCCUCACCCGUCUCAUGCGCAAGGACCCCGCCAAACGCCUGGGCUACCACAUGCCCAAGGACCUGGUGACAAUCAAGAAACACCGCUUCUUCCGCAAAAUCGACUGGGCUGCCCUCGAGCGUCGCGAUCUCGACCCGCCCAUUCAACCCGUCGUCACGGACCCUGCUCUCGCGGAGAACUUUUCUGCGGAUUUCAUCCACCUCCCGCUCAGCCCGACUGUUACCUCGGCCGGCUUCGAUGAACUGUAUGCUUCUGCGAAUGGCCGUGUUUCUUCGUCGUGCGGCGGACCGGACCAUCCCCAUUCGGGCGAGGGCGAUCCCUUUGGCGGAUUCAGUUUCGUUGCUUCGAGCAGUCUGCUGGAUCAUGGACAAGGUGUGAUGACUGCGGGUUAUUGA